AUGCGUUUGAAGCGCAUCGCACAUUCCAGCAGCUCAUGCGUGCCAGCGCUGCGCGUACGAAGGCGCGGGAAACAUCUGAGAUAUGUUGAGUCACGCUCCAUCGCCACGCUGGCAUCCCGUCCAGCAGGCAGCAGCUCCGUCGCGGAGAUAGGAGAGCAUGUUCACUCUCCUAUCUCCGCGACGGAGCUGCUGCCUGCUGGACGGGAUGCCAGCGUGCGAUGGAGCGUGGCUGACAUAUCUCAGAUGUUUCCUCGAGCUUCGUACUGCAGCGCUGGCACGCAUGAGCUGCUGGAAUGUGCGAUGCGCUUCAAACGCAUUGCUAGUUACUUGAAGCCUCCGGACGUGAGCGAGCGUUUCAAAGGAAGUCAUCUUCCGCUGAUUGACGGGGACCAAGUGGUGAGUUAA